CGCGAGGACGUUGACAGGCGCAUUCGACAGUGCACGUGGUCUUUUCCCGACAUCAACCAGUUCCUCAUGUUCCAGUUCCCCGCUCCCGCACCGCUCCCGUAGUGGUCUCCGGCACGAGUCCCACCACGAGGAGCACUUGUCCUUCAUCUAUGGCUCUCACCAGCGUUACUCAGGCUGCGUUCUGUGCGCCAGAGGGUCGUCAGUUCGAUCAAGAUGGUGAUGCGUUCGAAAGCGUCUACUGAGAUUUGGAAGAGGAAACGAACAGGUCCUUUGGCUUGUCCGCGUAUAAAAAGCGAAUGUGCAAAGUUCCCUCCCCUACAAUCCACGAGUCUGGCAUCCCGGGCAUUAGGUAGUACUCAUCGCGAUGCAAUUGAUCACCGCAGCAAGCCUCUGGGCGAUUGUUCUCUCCCUCGGCGAUGCUUCGGCGAAGGAGGCCGCUGCGCCGUCUGCGACAAAGCCGAGCCUGGCCCCGGUCGUGAGCAAUCUUGCCUACAGUCAGCCCAUCAUCAACAUCCCGGCGCUCGGGCGAACUCAUCCCAAGUUCGUCCCAACGUCAUCCCUGGUUGCGAACGCCUCGGUGCCAGUCACUUUUGAGCAUUCUGUCGCUUCCGGAGAUCCUACAGCGAAUGCAGUGAUCAUCUGGACCAAGAUCACCACGAAAGACACGAACCCUGUGCCGGUCCAGUACCAGGUCGCUUCGACAGCGGACUUCUCCCAGAUCGUCUCCACCGGUGUUCUCCUAACCGACGCCAGCGUCGACCACACAGUCAAACUCGACAUCACGGGGCUUCAGCCUGGUACCACCUACUACUACCGGUUCACCACAUCUUCGGGCAGCGUUACUUCACCGGUCGGAAAGACCCACACUCUGCCCGCCGCCGAUGCAUCCGUUGCGAGCUACAAGCUAGCCGUCGUCAGCUGCUCCUCCCUUCCUCAUGGCUUCUUCAACGCUUAUGCCGGCAUCGGGAACAGGAAGGAUGUCGAUGUGGUUCUCCAUCUCGGUGAUUACAUCUACGAGUACAAAAACGGCGGCUACGGCGAUGGGAGUAAGAUUGGCCGCAUCCCACAGCCUGAUAAAGACAUUACUAGUUUGGAUGAUUAUCGCCAGCGCCACGCUCAAUACAAGAGGGAUGUUGACCUUCAGGCCGCUCAUCUUAACGUCCCUUGGGUCACCGUAUGGGACGAUCACGAAUUUGCAAAUGACGCAUGGCAUGACGGUGCCCAGCACCAUGACCCCAAAACCGAAGGGCCGUGGGAGACCAGGAAAGCCAACGCGAUUCGAGCGUACUUUGAAUACAUGCCGAUAAGGCCCGUCACGAUCGACCAGACAGGGCACAUAUACCGCUCAUUCCAAGUCGGGAAGCUUCUGGAUUUGAUCAUGCUCGACACUCGUAUCAAUGGACGCAAUGAGACUGAUAUCUUUUGGCCUUGGAUUAAGAACGACCCCAAGCGGACGAUCCUCGGCUACGACCAGGAAGCAUGGCUCGACCAACAACUCGUGCAAUCCAAGAACCGUGGCGCGAAAUGGCGCGUGCUCGGCAACCAGGUUGUGUUCACCCCGCUCAAGGUCGUCGGAGCGUCCAUCCUUCUUGACUCUUGGGACGACUACCCUGCCGCGAGGGAUAGAUUGCUUACUUCUAUGGCGUCCAACGGGAUUAAGGAUACGGUCAUCCUUACCGGCGACAUUCACACCGCCUUCGCCAUCAACGCGCCCGGCAAAGCAGGCGCCUCCGGCCUGGUCGAACUUGUCACGACCUCCGUUACCUCUCCCGGCGCCGGAGCCAUCGGGGCAGGCGCGCUGAAAUUGGCCAACAAGAGCAUCAAGUACGCAAACGGCGCAGAUCACGGCUAUCUCGUUACCACAAUCACCCCUGAGAAGGUCACCGGGGAGUUUGUGAUGGUGUCAACCAUCGGCAGCCGAACGGCGACAGAAAAGGUGGAUGCCACCGUAGUGACGAAUGCGGGUGCUGGGACUAUCAGCGAUCUUCAGCGACAUUGAACAGGCGGCGUAGUAGGUCAUUGACUGGCCACAUCUUCACAUAUACCCCAUUAAGCUAGAUUUUUUUCUGUUGCGAUAUUCUCAAAUCCUACCCCUUUUCAUCCUGAUGCGGCUCGUACCCCACGUUCUGACAGCCCUACCUUCUGACCCCGUUGUACUCUGCCGUUUCCUCAAUACAUUCAAUACUUGAUAAACGAU